CCCUUUUCCAUAAACAAGCUAUAGGUAGUAGUACUCAUAAAUCUUUGAUCAAGUUCCAUUCUCUUCCUUCUCAAAAAAAAAAAAAAAAAAAAGUUCCGUUCUCUUUUUUUCCUUUAAAAAAAAAUUCCAUUCUCUUUUAGUACUCUCUUUUCCAUAACAAACUAUAGGUUGUGAGUUUCCAAUGACUGCCAUGAGCACUCAAAAAGCCUGUGCAUCCUCGUCUUCCUCAUCUUCUUCUUCUGCAUCUCAAUGGAAACACGAUGUUUUUCUUAGUUUCUAUGAGGAGGACACCCGUAACAAUUUUACGGAUCAUCUAUAUUCUGCUUUGAUACAAAAAGGCAUUAUUGUUUAUAGAGAUAAUGUAAAUCUCAAGGAAGGAAAACCCAUUGCUUCAGAACUCAUGAAAGCAAUAGAAGAAUCUAAGUAUGCAAUUAUUAUUCUCUCAAAAAAUUAUGCCUUUUCAAAGAGGUGCUUGAAUGAACUUGUCAAAAUUCUUGAAUACAAGAAAGAGAAGGGCCUGAAAAUUCUGCCCAUUUUCUACCAUGUAAUGCCCUCUGAUGUUGGGAAUCAGAGGGAGACUUUUGGGAAAGCAUUUCUCAAGCAUGAAGAAGAUCGCCAGGUUAGCAUAGAGCAGAUACAAAAGUGGAGAACUGCACUGAAAGAAGUGAGCAAGAUCCGCGGGAGGCAUUUAACGGAUAGGGAACAGAUGAUGUAGAAGGCAUGGUGCUGAA